AAAUAGUUAGGAUAAUAAUGCAUUAAAUAUCACUUUUUUUGGUUUUACAGUUUCGUUGCGCAUUUAGAUCAGAAUACGCUUUACAGACGCUGAAUUUAUCCUUGCGUCGUAGUACACUGCGCUGAACAUCGCGAAACGUCAAAUUAUCUAACAACAAGAGCCAACAAGCAACAAGGCCGGAACGCCGGAAACGUUCCCUCUACUCUUCGGAAUAUCGCUUAAAGUCCAUCGCCGUCCUCCGGAACAGCCUCAAAAUGCGUGUGGCCACCGCUCUGCUGCGAGUUCGCAAGCCACAGAACGAAUCGGACGUGCCCUUCCAGGAGGUUCUGCCUUUGCGGCUCAAAAACCAUGUUAGUGGCAAAACGGACAAAACGAGCGACGUUGCCUGCCUGCAGGAGAUGACGGUACUCUUUUCCUGCCUCAAAACCAACGAUUUCAACGAGAGCUUAUGUGCGAAAGAGGUCGGUAACUUCCAGCAGUGCUACAAAGGAUAUCUUGGCAAGAAGUCGGCCAAAAAGGAAACCUCCGGCAAGGGUGUGCUAGUGGCGGGCAAGGAUCUUAACUAUAAGCAGCUGAACAAAGUGCUGAAAAAGUAUCCAACCUCGUCGCAAAACUAUUAGCGGCGAAGAUGUGUUUCGUUGUGCGUAAGUGUGUAAUUGUAGUGAAAUAAAAUGUUUUAAACAUUA